GUAAGUACUGGUGUAAACCUGGCUAGAGGGCUGUGUGUUGUCAGAUGGGGGUAUCACUGUGCUAGAAAUUCAUCUUUGUAAAUUGGCAGGAUCCUGUUCUUGCCUUACCAAAAGCUUCCUGGCCCCUGGUUCUGCUGAGUUGGUACUGACCAUUGUCUCAAGGGAGAGUGAUGUAGAGUAUUACAGCACUGAAGAAAAUUCCCAGGUCUGCAAAUGUAAUUGAUCUGAACCCAAGAGAUAUCAGGCUGUAGGAAAGCAAGCUUCUUGAAUAAAAAUGAAAAUGUGUUAAACACAUAUAUAUAAAGUUUUUCUUUAUCACUAAGAAGAAAGAAGGGCAGGUAGAAUCUGCUGAGCUCUGUGCUGGGUUCUGUCCUAGGCCUUUCUGGCCAGCUGUUCCAAGCUGCUUAGGGUUAAUACCAGGCCUCUGGCAAACUUCCUUUGAAGCAUUUUAUUUUCCCUUGGGCGUGUAAGUGGAAGUGUUUUGUAUAUAACAACACAUAUUAUUUCCCAUUACAUAAUGUUCCAAUGUUUAUAACUCCAAAUCCACCCCAUCCCACCCUACCUCCCCCCAGUAGAUUUUAUGUGUUAUACAGACUACAGAUCUGAUUUCUGAGAGAAUCCUAAAUACCUGAACGUAUUCUAAUUUUGUUUAUUUGAUCCCGUGUAUUUUCCCUGCUCAGAACUCUGACUCUUGAAUUUCUGAUUCAACACAUUAUUAAUUCACGUUAAAGAUUCAAGCAUCUAAACAGACUAAUUGGUACCUUAAAGCAGUACUUGCUUAAUAUGCAUCAGUGAACUGCUUCCAAGUCAGACGAUUAAGAGAACCUCACCUACUAGAGUAAUUGACUUUAAUAUAAGAUACAAAAUAUAGUGUAUCUUAAAAAUUAUGCCUUCCGCCAAGUACAAAAAAAAAUAAUUGUUUCUUGUUUCUGGUUCUCUUUGGGGUGCUUACUAGAAUGAGGGAGUUAGGAAGGGCAGGGUCAGAAAAUUAAAGACAAGAUGUUGGAGUGGGCAGUUCCCAUUUGCACAGUUUUUGAGUUUCUCUCAGUGGGAAAUCAGAAUGAUGGCUCUUACUGCCUGAAGGUAGUGGUAUGGAGUGAGCUGCUCAAAUGAAAGGCGUGAGCAAGUCUGUUGACUGGAAGGAUCUAGAAGAGCUGAAGAUAUGCCUUUGAGGCGCUGCUGCUGCUGCCAGUUCCAGAUUCAUCUCACAUCCGCUCUGUUGGCGCUCACAUCAUGAACUUGGGACCUUUCUGGUCCCUGUGCCUGUCAUUUUCCCUGGUGACUACAGAGUAGAGAGACUAGUUUCUUCACCAAGACUUUGCUGUUGUAUUUGACAGCUGUGCCUUGUAUGUGGUUCAGAAGACAGCACAGCUUAUCUUGAAAGGAGAUUGUCUCCAUCCUUGGGUUUACAAGCUUCCCAUUUCAGUUUUUCUUUUCUAUGCCUUAUUUCUUAGUACAAAGCAGUGGCCUUCCACUCAACUUUAUGUAAAGUUACAUUUUCAUUGGCCCCUGGAGGAAACCUAGUCUAGCAGCCCUCAGGUCAGCUCUCUUAACAGAAAUCCAUCCCCUGCUUCUCUCUAAAUGAAUAAAUUCCCAGAGGGGAUUUGUCAACUUCUUUUUCCUUCUCUCCUACCAGACCUUUCCAGAGAAGCUUAUUUUCAGGCUUUGGGCUGGGGAUCCAGUGAGUCACUGCAUAGGUUUUGCUGACUUACUGACUGAAGGGCAAGAUCAUAAGUUGAGAGAAGGGAUCACUUAAGGGAAUAAAUUCAAAGCUUAGUGAGAAAAGAGGGGCGUUGAAUAUUAUUACGGGCUCACCCUGUCUGCGUUUCAGUCAUUUUGCUUUUCGGGCCACUCCAUCAGUCAGUCCUGCGUCCUGUGGAAACUGCCAGUGAACAGCUCUCCACAUCCCUCCUUGUCUUUGCCUUGCGGAAGCCUGUUUAUUUUUGCCUGUCUCACUUUUUCCCUGAGCAGAUUAAUUUGUUUUGAAUGCCAUGUGGCUCUUCUCUCCUAGGUUAAGUUAGAUAGUGCUUAUUCACAGUUUCACUCUGAGUGGCAGUUCCAGGUCUCUACUCGUGGAGAACACUCAUGUUGUGUGUUUUUCCCAUUGUACAGUGUCUUGUUAGUUGGGGAAGUAUUCGUUUAGAAUUCAUACCCGCAUCUUUUGUGUCAUGGACAUUGGAGUCAUCGUUCUGUUCUCUUCCUCGUGUGUUCUUUUGCUGAUUCAGUCAUGUGGCUAUAUGCUGGGUGCAAUAUGAAGCAGUAGAAAUAUGAUAGAAGAAGACACGGGCCCUACCCUCAGUCCACAUUUCCCUACAGGAGGUGGAGUCUUGAAUAAAUGAUUGCACAGUUAUGUGCCAAGUCCUAUAAUAAGGCCCAGUGGUGGCCCAGGGAAGGAGGUACUGUAAUCGAGUCUGCUUGGAGGUGGCAGAGUUCGGAAAGGCUUCCUAGGGGAGGCCGUCCCUGCGUUGGGUCUUCAGAAAUGAAGCAGAGUUGGAAUGCUGCUGUCAGCCGUGUGGAUCACCAUUGGGUAUUUUCUUUAGACAAAUAAUAAGGCAUGGGCCAGGAGUUAAGAAAGGAACGUGGUGUUUUAACAAGUAUAACCAUUGCAUCAGGUUUUAGGAAAUAGGUGAUGUUUUCUUUCCUGUUACACAAAUGACCCACAUGUGAAAUGUUUUCAGAGGAAUGGAUUCGGUAAAAGUGAACUCAGAGCAAAGGAAGGAUAGGUUUUCCCCGCCUUGACACCCGCUCUAGAGUAAGCCCCUCCCCUCCCCCCACGCACACUCUGCAGGGAGGCGGGGCUGCUGCUGUUGGCAGAGGAAGCAGGAAGCAGGGCCCUGACCCUGGGGGGGCACAUCAGCUGGCAGCAUGAGGAGACCCUCUGCUGGGGUGGCUGCCGUGGGGAAAAACUUUCUGAAGGAAUAGCCAGUAAAUGAUAAAACCAAUGAAAGACUAGGCUUCAGCAUAUGGGCUUUGAUUUUGUAAAUGGGACCGGUCCUUUGCGUGGAGGGAGAGCUGUGUAACCCUAGGUCAUAAAUCCUUGCCCCCCAGUCUCGGGCGGUGCGCCAGGCUGGGAAUGACUGCUCCUCCUGGUGCUCGGGGGACAUGGCCUCCAAGGCACCGCCUCAGGCUGAGUUUUGAGAUUUUCAGGACUUCAAGGAGAGGAAUGUGGGAUGCGUGUGGGAUGGCACCGAGUGAACUUGGAGAGGCCUCUCUGCCCCCCCUCCCCUAGGACUCGGGCACUGGCGCCCUCCCCUCAAGUGCUUGGCAGCUGGGGGCUCUCAGCUGGUAGUUCCCCACCUGACUGCACAUCCGGGUCUCCAGGGGUGGGGCCCUGCCCCCUGCACAUUAAAAAGUAGGUUCCGCUGGAGAUGCUUCCUCCUGGCCGCGGUGCUGAGAGGCACCCCUGUAGCUGCACACAGAUUCCCAGCUCCUACCCCGCCCAAGACCCCACCGGGGAGGGUCUGGCCUCCCUCUGCUUGAAUCAGAUUAGGGAACGCUGAGUGGGCACUCUGUGCAGGGGACUGUGACUGGGCUGUGGGAAUCAGAGACAUACAGUGUUGAGGGGGGAUGGGGCACAAACCUGCGAAAAGUGAAGUAAUGAUACAAGUUUGAAUACUAGUUAACAUAGUAGAAGAGAGGACUCAAAGCAAAGUGAUGAAUCACCAAACCACGUAAAGGAGAAUCUCUGGAUCCUCAAAGCAGUGAGAGUACACCUCAGGCUGGAGCAGUUGGCAACCCUUUCAGGAGGGGAGGAGUGGGGCCAGUUAAAAGCUCCCCAUGCCAACCGAUUCAUCUUCUCCCACGACCUCUCCAACGGGGCCAUGAAUAUGCUGGAGGUGUUUGUGUCUAGCCUGGAGGAGUUUCAGCCAGACCUGGUGGUCCUCUCUGGAUUGCACAUGAUGGAGGGACAAAGCAAGGAGUUCCAGAGGAAGAGACUCUUGGAGGUCAUGACCGCCAUUUCUGACAUCCCCACGGGUAUUCCAGUUCACCUGGAGCUGGCCAGCAUGACCAACAGGGAGCUCAUGAGCAGCAUUGUGCAUCAGCAGGUCUUUUCUGCCGUGACUUCCCUUGGGCUGAAUGAACAGGAGCUGUUAUUUCUCAGCCAGUCGGCAUCUGGACCUCACUCUUCCCUCUCUUCCUGGACCGGUGUUCCUGAUGUGGGCAUGGUCAGCGACAUCCUCUUUUGGAUCUUGAAGGAACAUGGGAAGAGUGAAAGCAGAGCCUCAGACCUCACCAGGAUCCACUUCCACACGCUGGCCUACCACAUCCUGGCAACUGUGGACGGACACUGGGCCAACCAGCUGGCGGCCGUGGCUGCAGGAGCUCGUGUGGCCGGGACACAGGCCUGCGCGACAGAAACCAUAGACACCCGCCGAGUGUCUCUGAAGGCGCCCCGUGAGUUCAUGACCUCCCGUUCGGCGGAUGGCUCCAGGGUCAUGUUAAACCCAAAUGAGCCAGUGGUCGAAUGGCACAGGGAGGGAGUGUCCUUCCACUUCACACCAGUGUUGGUGUGUAAAGAUCCUGUUCGAACUGUGGGCCUCGGAGAUGCCAUUUCAGCCGAAGGACUCUUCUAUUCAGAAGUACACCCUCACUAGUAGGAAGAUUGUUGUGGGUCAUUUUUCUGAAGGAGGAAAACUAGCCAACCUAAGAAUGACAGGAAUUAAGUGGUUUGGGAAACGGGAUUGAGAGUGUCAAAACCGUUUCUAGAUCUAGUUGGAAGACAGCCAAAGAAACAACAGCAGAUUAAACUGUACCAGAUACAUUCCAGCCAGUUGACGAUUACACAGAAACAUUUCAGGUUUUAAUCAAAAUUCAGCUAUUUACUAACAAGACUGGAUUUUUCUUCUUGUUUUUUGUUGGUUUUUUUUUUAUGUUGUGUGUUACAGGGGUGAAAACUUGAUUCCCAGAUCCCCUCUUCACGUGUUUUAGGCCUGACUUCUUUACCCUCGAGAGCAUGUCGGUUUGGAGAAAGCACUCCUCCUUGCCAACCUUGGGAGUGCGUGCUCCCUCACCCGCUCCCAUGUCUCUGGUAAAGUGCAGUGUGAGUUCUCGCGUUCUCUCAGCUCAGCGCUCAUGGCAGGAUCAUGAUUUCCAUUCAGUGUUCUAAUGAAAAAAUUUAAUGAGCACACCUUCUCAGUCUUCUGCUCUCAAACUUAGGACAGAGCCACAAGUAAGGACAAAACAGGCCCUCCUGUGCGUCAGAGACACAGCAGAGGCUGGGAGCCUCGUGGUUCCCUUGAGGGAGCCGGUCACUCUGCAGCUGAGGAGCCUGCCUGGCCUGCAGGGUGGGGCUGUGAGCUGAAGGGCUGCGCCUUCCUGCCCUGGCUCCUUAACUGUAGGCUGGCUGGUCAGAGGCUCCUGUGCCUGGGCCCAACCUCAUCGCCCAGCUCUGGACGUGCUUUCUGCAGUAGAAGACUGAUCCAUGCUCUUUCUGAUCCUUGAAGGCAUCUUACAACUGGAAUACGCUUCUGGGUGUAUAACAGAUCAUGUGUGUUUUACAUUGACACAUCACAUCCAUUAAAGAGUUUGACCUCAUAAGGGUCCCAGGAUCAUGAAUAAGUUUGUCAUGUUAUGUAUUUAUUUUUUAUAAAUCAAGGAGACUUCAGCGUGCUUUUAAAUAUUAAAAACAAUUUACGUUUCAGGAA